AUGAUCGGAGACUUGCAUGACAAAAGCUUCCGCAAGCGGGUCAAAAAUCAUGAUUGUGAAACCACGAUUCCUGAUGCACAAGACCAGAGUAGUGGGCGGAUGGACGAUGAUAGGGUGGAGAGUACCGAUCAAUCUUUGGCUAUGAAAGAAAGUCGAGAAGCAAGACACGGCCGAGACCUCAGUCGCCCGGUGCUGACGAUCUUUUUCGGCUCGCUUUAUCGAUAUCCACCACCCCCACCAUCGUCGCCAUCGCCAAACAAGUCACCAAAUUCCCCUUGA